ACAAUUGGCUGACAUUGUCUUUAAUAGAUAUUAUUCAAAAGUUGCAAAUAUUUGGAUUGGCCUAUUUCUUAAAAAAUGCCGAACUAUGAUGAGAACUCGCCCGAUCCACUGACCAAAGCACGCGGCAUUUGUAUGGAAAAGGACCAUCACGUACAGAAGAUAUUAACAACACUGAAGGCUUGUGAAGAGAGAAUCGCGUCGAAGUCGUAUACGGCGGAAACCUGCCACCAGGAGACCAUGGACCUGAUUGAAGCGCUCGACCAUUGUGUGGGUGACUCUGCGUUCCUUCGUAUAAAAUAAACUAAAAUAAAUUAG